AUGAAGCUGACGCCCGUAUUUUACACACUCUUCUUCGCUGCCUCGUCAUGCGCACAUUCAUGGCUCCAUUGCACUGACCACAACGACGUGAUCCUAGAAUGGAUGAAGGAGAACGCAACCCUAUACGAUCCUCCACGCGAGGUUGAUCCUCUUAUGCCAUGGUUUUCCCAUCUCUGCGCCGGCUGGCCGCGCGCAAAACACAACCCUGGCUUCUGGGCAGAUGAAUCAACCAACUACGCCUGGCACAUCAGCGCAGCCGUAAGCCAAGGGGAUACACAUGCAUGCCAUCCAGACCAACGCAGUCCCCUUUACCGUACCGGGCCUUUCGCCCAGCCACCCACGUCCGCCGGCCCAGAACUUGUUUUCACAGAAAGUCCUGCACCUAUGGCAACAUCGAGACCGGGCCGCGAACUCAAACUCCUCUUCGGUGGAAAUGGACAUUCGAGAGGUGAUAACGUGGGUGGGCAUGGGGACCCAGGACGUGUCGCUGUAUACUGGAAAGGCGAGCCCGAGGCUGAGAUUGUGGAUAUUUCCGAGUUCACAGAGGAGAAUAGACUGCAGGAGGCAGGAUUCUCGGAUGAGAGUUUUGCGUAUCCGGCGGAUGUGAGUGUGACGACGCCGCCGGAGUUGCAUGAUAAGGGGAACUGGUUGACGUUGAAAUUGUGA